AUGAUUUGCAAUCGAUGCUUACGGACGGCUGUUCAGCGCCCGCUCGCUCUCCCUUUUCGUCGCGCCCUCACAACCACAUCACCACUCCGCGCCGAAACAGCACCACGACAGGGCAAUGCUUCCUCACACACCCCUAGCGCCGCUACAUCAACAGGCGCUGCACAGCCCUUCUCAACACCCUUGACACCAUCGCCUUCUGCUGCAGAGCUCCAAGCACCGAGUGCGUCUGAAAAGGCAGCACCUACAGUAAAAAGCUCAGUCACUGCUGGCACGCCACUCAAGGGCUUGAACUUUAUAAAGGGAAAGAACGAUCCUGUGGCGUUGGAGGAUUCAGAGUAUCCGACUUGGUUGUGGGGGAUCUUGAAAAAGAAGGGUGGAGAGAGUGCGGGUGCUGCUGAUGCGAGUGUUGAGGGAGAUUUGUUCUCCAAAUCCAAAAAACAACGUCGCGUAGCAGCAAAAGCCCUUCGCAAACAACAACUCCUUAACCCCGGCGCUCUGGCCCCCAAAAUCCCUCUCCACGAACAGACAAUCGAUUUACCGGCCGGAGAUGGAAGUUUGAAGGGCGCGAUCGAAGCUAUGGAGGCUAGAGAUGCUUUGACGAAGAGUAUGCGUAAGAACAGGAGGGCUAAGAUCAAGGAGGCCAAUUUCUUGAAGGCUAUGGGUUAG